AUGAAAAAAAAAAAACAUGAAUUCAGCUACAUAAAUUUGGAUGAAGAAAAAAGAGAAGAAAUAAAUGAUAUGCUAAAAAAUUUAAAAAAUGAAGAGAGAGAUUUGUGCUUUCCUCUGUUAGACUUUUACUUUCUGAAUAAGAAAUUUAAGUACCAAAAUUUGAGAGAAAGUCUGGAGAUAAAUAACAAUGUCAAUGAGUACAUCAAUUUGAGGCUUCUCCGGAAGGAAAUUGUCCCCAAGGACGUAUCCUUCAAAACGGAGCAAAAAAAUAGAGAAAUGGUUGUGCGGGACAAGUUGAAGAAUCAAAUGGGGGAAACUUGCCUGAAGGAGAGGGAUCACCUCAGGAGGGACAGCCAAAGCGGCAAGUGUAUUAGUAACCACCACUCCACAGGGGGUAACAUCAAAGCAGAAACCGCUACCAUGGAAAACAUUAAUUUUCCACAUGACAUUCCCACCAUGUGGAAGAAAAACGAUAUCAUAGGAACAUUUAACCCAGUGUACAAUGCAAGAGAUCAAAUCAUAAAUGAUAAUUCUAUUGACUCGAUUCCCACGAUUGAUAUUUUUUACAACUCCUCAAAAUUGCUUACCAUACAGACCGUGUUUGAGCCAAUCAGUAAUUAUAUAUACCUGUUACGGCUGCUGCCCAAGUUCUGUCUACCACUGUACGAUUCAGGAAUUUUGCAAUACGCAUGUGAAGACCCAAUUUUAAAUCCUAAAUUGAGAGGCCUGGAAAUAUCCUACAGAUUACUAGUGCACGACAUUUUAUUUUAUGCCUUUUUUUCCUAUUUGUCAGAUUUACCCUUUUGGGCCAAGCCACCGAUUGAGCUUUUGCGAAUUUAUAAUUACGAAAGUUUAUACUCCUUUAAUGAUUUCGAAUCGGAACACACAGAAAGGCUCGUUUUUCACAAUAUAAAAAAUAUUUUGUACAAUUUUGCAGACACGCUAAAUAAAAUUGAAUUGCUGUAUCCGAAGAAUUACUACAUCACGAUAUUUCCCAACAUUUAUUUUAAGAACAUCAUCGAGUUUUUAAAAAGUGAAAAAUUCAAGCUAAAAAAAAUUGUUGUUGUUUUGAAGGGGAAAAAUUUCAUUGAUGAAAAAAUGAUACACCACAUCAAAAGCAACCUUGAGAAUUUCAAGGGCAUGACAACGGAAAAUGUGAAAAAGGAAAUACACCACAAAUACUUUCCCCCCAAUAAUGGCAGAAACAAAAAUGAGGCAAUAAGAUACGACACCAAAAGUGUAAUAGAUGCCAUAAAGAGGUGUCACAAUUGUGGUGAGGAUUUUUCCUCUCUUUCCAAAGGGGAAGGUGUACCCACCCCAAAAGAGAAAACAAGACGGAAGUCAAACUGGAAGGAAAAAAUGGACAUGUCAUCAGGGGAUGACCAAUUGGGAGGGGGAAAAAAUGAUCAAAGUGGUAAACCUAACAGUGCACUUGAACGCAUUCACAGCAACGGCGAAUCGUGUGGCACCUCCCCGGAUGGUACUCAUCGUAGUGAAAACAACAGUCAUUUCGAUAAAGAAAGCGCAACGUAUAAUAAUAACAUGACGCUGGAGGAGGAAAAACUAAUAUGUGAUCCCGGGGAAGGCAUCCCAAGUGGGCCGGAGGAGUUAAGGGACCCCCCCAACAGUCGAGAAAGCAGCAUCCGAAGCAUCCGAAGUAGUGGAAGCAGUUGGAAGAACUUCCCCUUUGAGGACGUCAACACAAAGGACGAAGCAGAUCAGCAAAGCAGCCAUGUUGACGAAUAUGAUGGCAACAAAAAUGGUGAACAUGACCGGUUAAGCACCAUCGAACAAAAUAGCGAGGAAGACAACUCCUUUGGGAAAAAAAACCCAAUCGAUAUGUCCGACAAUUACAACAUUGAUAAAUCCGUGUACAAUAUGUACUACCAGCAGGAGAAUAACGACCAGGAGGAACAUGCCUCCAUCUUGGAAAAAAAAGACGCCCAAAAUAGGAGGUGCAGUAACUCGUCCGAAUCUUCAUGCAGUGAAGACGACGAAACGGACGAUGAAAACAUUGAUGGGUUUUUUAAAACAAAAAAAUUAAAAACUACGGUGUAUGAUAAGGACAACUUUUCCUUUUCCAAAUUUAUGAACAAAAUUAUAAAUUACGAAAAGAUCAUUGACUACCUGAACAACGACCCUCAACGUCAGGAAAACGAAGAUUCGAAGAUCAAGUUUUACAUUAAAUUGUUGCUGUUCGAGAAGGCCAAUUCGCCAUAUGAUACGAAUGGAUGGGAAGACCUAGACGGAAUGGCAAACGCGGAUGGAAGGGCAAAUGUCAGUGAUGAAGAUCAGGUUAGAAGCACUACGUUUGUGUCGGACCAUGGGCAGAGCGACGGAGCACCACCGCAUGGGGAGGACUCCUCCAUUCGUGCCGACGGUACAGUGUCACCUACUGAUGAUGAUAAUCUCUCUGGGGUAGACCAACGGACAAGACGAGGAUUAACCCCGUCUAGUGGUACCAUCUCUGCCUCUGUCCCGAACGAUACUACCAUGGGUGGAAAUAAUAACCACGAUCUGGAGAGCAAUCAGUCCUCCCUACUCCUAAACAACCAAAACGAGAACGAAACGCGCACAGAUGAAGAGGAAACUGUUUUGAACGUAACCGAGGAUGACCAUGUGGUAAUUUCAUCGGAUUAUAUCAGUAACAUGAUACGGAACUUACGAGAAACUUACGGGGUGACUAAUUUCUUAUCCUUCAGCAGCAACGAAGGGGACGUGCAGGAUGGCACCUUCAAUUUGGACGAUGUGCAGGAUUCGCAAACAAGGUUGACCUUUAACUUUAAUUAA